ACUGCAUGAAAUUAUGCGGAAAUGAGAGAGAUUAAGGAAAUCCCUCCUCCAGGAGAGAAUGUCUUUGAUAAAUGGAGCUUUCUUCCGAUUUUCACAGAUCAUCACCAUUGUGGCAGCACCAUGGCUGCCCUUCCUGUUGCCAUCGAUGAUUCCCACAACAUCUGAACAGUGAUGCCUGCCCUGGAGAUACAGAUUGUCAUCUUAAUACUUUGCUUACUUUUGGGGGAAGAAAAGCUUGCACUAAUUGCUCUCCAUGGUAGCUAAUCUUUUCAAGAGCUUGAUUUUACCUUACCUACAUAAGCUUUGCAAAGGAAUGUUUACAAAGAAAUUGGGAAAUACAACCAAAAAAAAGGAGAAUCAUCCCCAGAAAAAAGAUCAAGACUUUUCUACUGUUGGCCAGAUCAAACCCCCCAAAUUUUCCAACACCCUGAAAAGCACUGUAAAGAAGAUUGCAAAGUGUUCUUCCACUCGCAACUUAUCGACAGAAGAAGACGGGGCUAAUAAGGAAUUUUCUCUCUCACCGACCUUUAGUUACAGAGUAGCUAUUGCCAAUGGCCUUCAAAAGAAUAUUAGUGUAAUCAACAGUGAUAAUGAGGAUCUGCUUCAAGAGCUAUCUUCAAUCGAGAGUUCUUACUCAGAGUCAUUAAAUGAACUAAAGAGUAGUACAGAAAACCAGGUACCAUCAACCCACACGAUGCCUGUUAGACGCAAUAGAAAGAGUUCAAGCAGCCUCGCACCCUCUGAGGGUAGUUCUGAUGGAGAACGCACUCUCCAUAGCUUAAAACUAGGUGCUUUGAGAAAGCUGAGGAAAUGGAAAAAGAGUCAAGAGUGUGUUUCCUCAGAUUCAGAGCUGAGCACCAUGAAGAAAACCUGGGGAAUAAGAAGCAAGUCUUUGGACAGAACGGCCCGAAACCCAAAGACAAAUGCUCUGGAGCCAGGGUUCAGUUCCUCUGGCUGCAUUAGCCAAACACACGAUGUCAUGGAAAUGAUCUUUAAAGAACUUCAGGGAAUCAGUCAGAUCGAAACAGAACUUUGUGAACUUCGAGGGCACGUUAAUGCUCUCAAGCACUCUAUUGAUGAGAUCUCCAGCAGUGUAGAGGUUGUACAAAGCGAAAUCGAACAGCUACGGACAGGGUUUGUCCAGUCUCGGAGGGAAACCAGAGACAUCCAUGAUUAUAUUAAACAUCUGGGUCAUGUAGGUAACAAGGCAAGCUUGAGAUUUUUAAACGUGCCUGAAGAAAGAUUUGAAUACACUGAAAGUGUGGUAUACCAAAUUCUAAUUGAUAAAAUGGGUUUUUCAGAUGCACCAAAUGCUAUUAAAAUUGAAUUUGCUCAAAGGAUAGGACACCAAAGGGACUGCCCAAAUGCAAAGCCUCGACCCAUACUUGUGUACUUUGAAACCCCUCAGCAAAGAGAUUCUGUCUUAAAAAAAUCAUAUAAACUCAAAGGAACAGGCAUUGGAAUCUCAACAGAUAUUCUGACUCAUGACGUCAGAGAAAGAAAGGAAAAAGGAAUACCAUCCUCUCAGACGUAUGAGAGCAUGGAUAUAAAAUUGUCCACUCCAGAGCCCAAAAUCAAGAAGAACCACUGGCAGUCACCCGAUGACAGUGAUGGUGAGUUGGAAUCGGACCUCAAUAGAAACAGUUAUGCUGUGCUUUCCAAGUCAGAGUUUCCAACAAAGGGAAGUACUUCGAAAGCAAGCUCAAAAUCACACAGUGCUAAAUCCAAGAAUAAAAGUGCGAAUAGCAGCAGAAUUUCAAAUAAAUCGGAUUAUGAUAAAAUUUCCUCACAGUUGCCAGAAUCUGGUAACUUGGAAAGACAAACCACAGCUCAUCGUGCAGAUGCGACCCCUCUCUGGCAUUCACAGAGUGAUUUUUUCACUGCUAAACUUAGUCGUUCUGAAUCUGACUUUUCCAAAUUGUGUCAAUCUUACUCGGAGGAUUUUUCUGAAAGUCAGUUUUUCAUUAGAACUAAUGGAAGCUCCCUCCUGUCAUCUUCAGACCGGGAACUUUGGCAGAGGAAACAGGAGGGUGUGCUUACCUUGUAUGAUAGUCCUAAGGAACAGCGUUUGAAUGGGAGCGGCCAGGGCAUUCAGGGACAGAGUGAAAUUGAGAACACAGAGACUGUGGAUAGUGGUAUGAGCAAUAGCAUGGUGUGUGCAUCCGGAGAUCGAAGUCAUUACAGUGAUUCUCAGCUCUCUUUACAUGAGGAUCUUUCUCCAUGGAAGGAAUGGAAUCAGGUAGACCAAGGAGCUGAUUUAGGCUUGGAUUCAUCUACUCAGGAAGCAUUUGAUGAUGACACAAACAGUCUGUCUGACCAACAGCUGAGUGUUUAUAAUAAAGAUCUAGAAGACUUGGGAAAGUGCCACAGUGACCUUCAGGAUGACUCAGAGAGCUAUGACUUAACCCAGGAUGAUAACUCAUCUCCAUGCCCUGGCUUGGACAAUGAGCCACAGGGUCAGUGGGUUGGCCCAUAUGAUUCUUAUCAGGAAACUAAUUCUAAAGAGUUGUACCAAAAUCAAAACCAGUUGUCCAUGAUGUAUAGAAGUCAAAGUGAAUUGCAAAGUGAUGAUUCCGAGGAUGUUCCACCCAAAUCAUGGCACAGUCGAUUAAGCAUUGAUCUUUCUGAUAAGACUUUCAGCUUCCCCAAAUUUGGAUCUACACUGCAGAGGGCUAAAUCAGCCUUGGAAGUAGUAUGGAACAAAAGCACACAGAGUCUCAGUGGAUAUGAGGACAGUGGCUCUUCCUUAAUGGGGAGAUUUCGGACAUUAUCCCAGUCAACUGCAAAUGAGUCAAGUACUACACUUGACUCUGAUGUCUACACGGAACCCUAUUACUACAAAGCAGAGGAUGAGGAGGACUAUAGUGAACCGGUGGCUGAUAAUGAAACAGAUUAUGUUGAAGUUAUGGAACAAGUCCUUGCUAAGUUAGAAAAUAGGACUAGUAUUACUGAACUAGAUGAACAAAUGCAGGAAUACGAUCACCCGUCAUAUGCAACACCCUAUGAAACCCCACAAGAUGAGGGUUAUGAUGGACAGGCAGAUGAUGUUGUUAGUGAAGGAGGAUUGGAACCCUUAAGUGAAACAUCAGCUGAAAUGGAAAUAAGAGAAGAUGAAAACCAAAACAUCCCUGAACCACCAGUAGAAAUCACAAAGCCAAAGAGAAUUCGACCAUCUUUCAAAGAAGCAGCUUUAAGGGCCUAUAAGAAACAAAUGGCAGAGUUGGAAGAGAAGAUCUUGGCUGGAGAUAGCAGUUCUGUGGAUGAAAAGGCUCGGAUAGUAAGUGGCAAUGAUUUGGAUGCUUCCAAAUUCUCUGCACUCCAGGUGUUUGGUGGGGCUGGGAGGGGCCUCUAUGGUAUCGACAGUAUGCCCGAUCUCCGCAGGAAAAAAACUUUGCCUAUUGUACGGGAUGUGGCCAUGACACUGGCUGCCCGGAAAUCUGGACUCUCUCUGGCGAUGGUGAUUAGGACUUCACUAAACAAUGAGGAACUGAAAAUGCAUGUCUUCAAGAAGACCUUGCAGGCAUUGAUCUACCCCAUGUCCUCCACCACCCCACACAAUUUUGAGGUCUGGACAGCUACGACACCCACCUACUGUUACGAGUGUGAAGGGCUCCUGUGGGGCAUUGCUCGGCAAGGCAUGAAGUGUUUGGAGUGCGGAGUGAAAUGCCACGAAAAGUGUCAGGACCUCCUAAACGCUGACUGUUUGCAGAGAGCUGCAGAAAAGAGUUCUAAGCAUGGCGCUGAAGACAAGACUCAGACCAUUAUUACAGCCAUGAAAGAAAGAAUGAAGAUCAGGGAGAAAAACAGACCAGAGGUGUUUGAAGUAAUUCAGGAGAUGUUUCAGAUUUCUAAAGAAGAUUUCGCACAGUAUACAAAGGCUGCCAAACAGAGUGUACUGGACGGGACAUCCAAGUGGUCAGCAAAAAUAACCAUUACAGUGGUUUCCGCACAAGGCUUGCAAGCAAAGGACAAAACUGGGUCAAGUGACCCAUAUGUUACAGUUCAAGUUGGAAAGAACAAAAGGAGAACUAAAACCAUUUUUGGAAACUUAAAUCCAGUAUGGGAUGAGAAGUUCUAUUUUGAGUGCCAUAACUCUACAGAUCGAAUCAAAGUCAGAGUAUGGGAUGAAGAUGACGACAUUAAGUCCAGAGUCAAACAACAUUUCAAAAAGGAAUCCGAUGAUUUCCUGGGACAGACAAUUGUGGAAGUGAGGACCCUGAGUGGAGAAAUGGAUGUCUGGUACAACCUAGAGAAACGGACAGAUAAGUCAGCUGUAUCUGGAGCCAUUCGACUGAAAAUCAAUGUGGAAAUCAAAGGAGAGGAGAAGGUUGCUCCAUAUCACAUACAAUACACCUGUUUACAUGAGAAUCUGUUCCAUUACUUGACUGAAGUGAAAUCUAAUGGUGCAGUGAAAAUCCCAGAGGUUAAAGGGGAUGAAGCCUGGAAGGUUUUCUUUGAUGAUGCUUCCCAAGAAAUAGUUGAUGAAUUUGCCAUGCGUUAUGGGAUUGAAUCCAUUUAUCAAGCUAUGACGCACUUUUCAUGUCUGUCUUCCAAGUACAUGUGCCCUGGCGUCCCUGCUGUCAUGAGUACCUUGCUGGCUAACAUAAAUGCUUUCUAUGCUCAUACCACAGUUUCAACAAACGUACAGGUUUCUGCCUCAGAUCGAUUUGCCGCAACUAACUUUGGUAGGGAAAAAUUCAUAAAACUACUGGACCAGUUGCAUAAUUCUUUGAGGAUUGACCUAUCAAAGUAUCGGGAAAACUUUCCCGCUGGCAAUUCGGAAAGACUACAAGACCUGAAAUCAACUGUUGACCUGCUAACAAGCAUCACCUUUUUUAGAAUGAAGGUUCUAGAGCUGCAGAGCCCCCCAAAGGCCAGCCUGGUGGUGAAGGACUGUGUCAGGGCUUGCCUGGAUUCUACAUACAAGUAUAUUUUUGACAACUGCCAUGAACUGUAUUCCCAGCUAAUAGACCCGAGUAAGAAACAGGACAUUCCUCGAGAAGAUCAGGGACCCACAACCAAGAACUUGGAUUUUUGGCCCCAACUUAUUACCCUAAUGGUCACUAUUAUUGAUGAGGAUAAAACUGCCUACACACCUGUCCUGAAUCAGUUUCCUCAAGAACUGAACAUGGGAAAAAUAAGUGCUGAGAUUAUGUGGACUCUUUUUGCUCUGGAUAUGAAAUAUGCACUAGAAGAACAUGAAAAGCAGCGGUUAUGCAAGAGCACCGAUUAUAUGAAUUUGCAUUUCAAAGUGAAAUGGUUUUAUAAUGAGUAUGUGCGAGAACUUCCUGCCUUCAAGGAUGCUGUUCCUGAAUAUUCCUUGUGGUUCGAGCCUUUCGUCAUGCAGUGGCUGGAUGAAAAUGAAGAUGUGUCAAUGGAGUUUCUUCAUGGAGCACUGGGAAGAGACAAAAAAGAUGGAUUCCAGCAGACAUCUGAACAUGCUCUCUUCUCUUGCUCCGUGGUCGAUGUCUUUGCCCAGCUCAAUCAGAGCUUUGAGAUUAUUAAGAAACUGGAAUGCCCUAAUCCUGAAGCAUUAUCUCACUUAAUGAGACGAUUCGCAAAGACUAUCAACAAAGUGCUACUACAGUAUGCUGCAAUUGUAUCAAAUGACUUCAGUUCAUACUGUGAUAAGGAAAAUGUGCCAUGUAUCCUGAUGAACAACAUUCAACAAUUACGGGUCCAGCUGGAAAAAAUGUUUGAAUCCAUGGGAGGGAGAGAGCUAGAUCCUGAAGCUAGUACGAUUCUAAAAGAACUUCAAGUUAAGCUCAAUGGUGUUCUGGAUGAGCUCAGCGUCACUUAUGGGGAAAGUUUCCAGCUUAUAAUUGAAGAGUGUAUAAAACAGAUGAGUUUUGAGCUAAAUCAAAUGAGAGCAAAUGGAAAUACCACCUCUAAUAAGAACAGUGCAGCAAUGGAUGCAGAAAUUGUGUUGAGAGCUCUCAUGGAUUUCUUGGACAAAACAUUAAGUCUCUCAGCAAAAAUCUGUGAGAAAACAGUCCUGAAGCGUGUGCUAAAAGAGUUAUGGAAGCUAGUUCUUAACAAAAUAGAAAAACAAGUUGUUCUUCCUCCCCUGACAGAUCAAACAGGACCACAGAUGAUUUUCAUUGCAGCUAAAGAUCUUGGACAAUUAUCCAAACUGAAGGAGCACAUGAUUCGAGAGGAUGCCAGGGGUCUGACACCAAGACAAUGUGCUAUAAUGGAGGUGGUCCUGGCCACCAUCAAGCAAUACUUUCAUGCAGGAGGAAAUGGUCUGAAAAAGAAUUUCUUGGAGAAAAGCCCAGAUCUUCAAUCUCUGAAAUAUGCUCUCAGUCUUUAUACCCAAACUACUGAUGCCUUGAUAAAGAAAUUCAUCGACACCCAAACCUCACAGAGUCGUUCCUCCAAAGAUGCAGUGGGUCAAAUAUCUGUUCACGUGGAUAUCACUGCCACUCCAGGAACUGGCGAGCACAAAGUAACUGUCAAAGUCAUUGCUAUUAAUGAACUUAACUGGCAGACCACAGCAAUGUUCCGCCCCUUUGUGGAAGUGUGUAUGCUGGGACCCAACCUUGGGGACAAGAAGAGAAAACAAGGCACAAAGACAAAGAGCAACACGUGGUCACCAAAGUACAAUGAGACGUUUCAGUUCAUUCUGGGUAAUGAAAACCGCCCCGGAGCCUAUGAACUUCAUCUCUCAGUUAAGGAUUACUGCUUUGCCCGAGAAGAUCGAAUUAUCGGAAUGACAGUCAUUCAGCUACAGAACAUAGCAGAAAAGGGAAGCUAUGGGGCGUGGUAUCCUCUAUUGAAAAAUAUCUCUAUGGAUGAAACGGGUUUGACUAUCCUUAGAAUACUGUCUCACAGGACCAAUGAUGAUGUGGCUAAAGAAUUUGUAAGACUUAAAUCUGAAACCAGAUCUACUGAAGAGAAUGCUUGAACCAAGUACUUCAAGAUAACAUCUUUGAGAAUCCAUAAACCAUAAUCGUUUGACUACUGCAUGCAUGUGCAAAUACAUGGGAAUGUUUAUUUCAUUCUGUUACAGUGUUUGCCAGUACUCAAAUACAAUGUCUACGAGGUAUGUGGAGAACCUGUUGAACUUUUAUACCAAUUCUGGUCUUUGGUAAAUGUUCCAUGAAGUGCCAAAAUUAUGAUGUAAAGUGAAAAUUCAAGUAUAUCUUUUAAAAUGUGCAUCUCAUUUCAUUAUCAAUUUGUCAUCCAUUAAGCAUACUAAAGGCAAGUGAAAUUUGAGUUUGUCCAUUAGUUGCCUUUGUUAAAUUAGUUUAUAUUGCCCACAGAUCAGAAGGCAUUUGUUACUCGAACUGUUUUCUUUAGACUUACCUCAUUAUAGACGUCUUACAAACACCGUUUUCUACCAUAACUAGAAAUGCAGUCACUUCUAGAAAGCGUUUGUAAUUUUAUAGUUGCAGAUAUAUUGUGAUGAUUUUUGCAUACAAAUUAAAAUAGAAAAGGUGGGAAAUAUUUUAUGCUGACCAGUUUCCAACCUUUCUGAAAUAUCACUGUGAAGAAAUGCUGUUAAAGCAAACUUAUACAAAGCAAUGCUACAUAGAGUUUGUUAACAAUGUUUGAUAUAUUGACAAAACUUUGUUCCUUACAACUGCCAAGGUCACAUCACACAUGUAAAAAGGUAAGUUGAUGCAUUUGCCAUAUAGCAUUAUGUCUCAGCUUUACCAUAUUUCAUUCCAUAGAAAGUCAUUGGAUUAAUGGUUGAGAAAUGAGAUGGAAGGUUUCUUAAAAUUACCUGUAAGCAACUCUAUUGUUAGUAUUUUCCCUCUGACAGUUAUGACUCUCUCCUUAUUUACCUAAACCUAUAAUCGGCUCAAAGUUUUCUUUUAAAACAUAUCCUAUGAUUUGUACUGAAUGCAGCAUUACUAUAUAUUGCACUGGAGCCAAAAGUCAUGUCUUUAGUAAAAAAAAAAAAAAAAUGUAAAAUACCGUCUGAAGAAAUUGCUUACUAUUUUUAAAUUUAUUUCUGAGCCCACAUUGCAGCAGAUGCAGUAAGGGGAACAAAAUACAGUUCUACAGCUUAGUACGUAAAAAUAUCACUAGGUUGAUUUUUGACUAUGACACAGUUUAGGACUAUUUGCAUCGUUUGUAUUAUUAUGGUUUGUCUUCUUGGAGUCUGUACCUAAAUACUUGGCUGUAGAAAACUACUUGUAACUUACAGUCAUAACUGUUAGUGGACUACCGACACAUUCAGAAACAAGAAUGUGUUAGGACGAUCGAGUGCAUUUUGUGAACAAAGUGGUCUGAUACCUUAAAAGCAGAAGUGAUUAGUGUCAUGACUCAGAACUAUUUGCUGUUGGAUGUGAAAACACAGACCAGUGAGAGCGGCUAAUUCAUGUUAAAGUGGUAGGCAAUUGCUUUGUUAAUGACUUUUCCAAAUGCAUAGUACAAUGCGAUCCUCUGGCAUAUGCAUUAAUAAAUGGAUGUAUACUGAGCA